GAAUGACGACGCAUGCGCUGACACGUUCAGAAGAUAACCAAUCGCGUGUGCGCAGCAGCACAGACACAUUUGCAUGAAUGUGGUAUAAAUGCAGAGCUCUGACGUGGCCGACUUCAUUUUCUAAGUGAGAAAAAUAAAUUACUAAGCAACAAAAUGUCUGGACGUGGUAAGACCGGCGGAAAGGCCAGAGCAAAGGCAAAGACCCGCUCUUCCAGGGCCGGGCUCCAGUUCCCCGUCGGCCGUGUCCACAGGCUGCUGAGGAAGGGUAACUAUGCCGAGCGCGUCGGUGCCGGAGCUCCGGUCUACUUGGCUGCGGUGCUCGAGUAUCUGACCGCUGAGAUCCUCGAGUUGGCUGGAAACGCUGCUCGCGACAACAAGAAGACCAGGAUCAUCCCCCGCCACUUGCAGCUGGCCGUCCGCAACGACGAGGAGCUCAACAAGCUGCUUGGAGGAGUCACCAUCGCUCAGGGUGGUGUCCUGCCCAACAUCCAGGCGGUGCUGCUGCCCAAGAAGACCGAGAAGCCCGCAAAGAAGUAGAUCGCUACCGGGAGAACAACCAAACAAAGGCUCUUUUAAGAGCCACCCAUCACUACUGGAAGAGCUAUACUUUCUAUUUUUACUUUUCUGCAAGUAUACUAUUGAUGAUGAAAAUUAAAAAAAAACAUUAUGGGGUAUCAGCAUUUAAAUCUUCUCAGACCAUUGUUCUGAGAAUAGCAGUAUGUUUAUGGUUUCCUCACCAGCUAGACACAAUUUAGGAAAACAAUAUCUGUAGGGGGUGGGUAGAGUACUGUGACUUCAAACUAACAUUUCUUUACUGCUUACAAUACAGUACAACAAUUAAAUAAUUUAUCUUAUACUGCACACAGUUUGAUAUUAUCGCCAUUUAGAUCUAUUACCGCUCAUUUUGUAAAGAACCUUAAAUGUAGGUAUGUAAAUGAAUGCAUUCAGAUGCAGGUCAUCCACUAAUUCAGACUAGCAUCUAUCUUCAUAAAUGCUGAUUGUUGGCUCUGUGGCCUUGACUGGUUCCUGUUUCCUCUUUUUCAUCAAUGUUCAAAUCCAAUCCUCAAUAAUUCUCAACCAACUUACAGUUUGAUUUCUGAGCUCUGUGAGGUAUCCUACUGAGGCCUAAAGCUGCCAUGGGCUCACAUAUUUUUUUCGUUUUCCCAUGACCAGUUAAUUUCCUCAGUUUUUUCUCAAUCUUGAGUUAUUUAUCCCAUUACUUCAAGUAAACAGAGUUUUUAUCUUGGGAAAACAAGACCCCUUUCACAGAGACAUCAGAUAACUUCUGGCACUACAUGUGGUUUGAGUCGUAAAGUGUAGAUGCCAGGAUGUAAGUCGGUUCCUUAAUGAAAUUCGGCAUAUUUUCUAAAGGUAAGAUUGAGACUAUAAUAUUGUAGGUUUAGUAUUUAUCAUCAUUUCCCUGGUAUUUUUAGUGAUUGUUACUGUUAUGCUGCUGCUGCUGCCUUGACAUGUCAAUGUAAUUAAUCUUUUAUUUUCUCUCCUCCUGUUCUCCUUGUGUCCAUAUCUCAACAGUAUCCAUCAAGAUUUUUUCUGUUUACUGCUCUUUUUAUAUACAGGACAUAUUUUUAUAUUUUAUAUAUUCUCAUUUGUACAUUUUGUUUACAAUUUCUGUUUAGCUGCUGCACCGUAGGUAGGCCUUUGAGGAAGGUAAUUUCAAUCCUGUAUUGUGUUGUAAUUGUCAGAAUUGGCAAUAAAGUUGAUUUGACUUGAAA